CCGUUCGACACAUGUUCCGCUACAUGUCUAGAUGAUAAACUUCUUUUAUGUGAUUCACCAAAUAUUCAGUUAUGGCAGCCAUCCACAUGGACAUUAAAAGAUAAAUGGGAAAAUGUUAUUAGUAAAGACUAUAUUCAUUGCAUUAAAAUUAAUCAGAAUCAAAUUGUGGCAUUGAGCAUAACACUUUAUCAAGGGAACUCUCGGAUCGAAUUACGUAAUUUAUCAUCAAUGGAAGUAGUUAUCAGUACGAUUGAAUCCGAUCUUAAGUUUUAUCUUUGUCUUUUAUCUCUACCAGCAAAUGAAUGGUUAAUUACGGAAGAUAACACAGGAAAUAUGAUAGUGAUGAAUGACAAUUGUGAAAUACAACAACAACGAAUAGGUUACUGCAACAAAUUGAAAAACGCUGCUUUGAUCAACGACAGUGUUUUUGUUCUUCAAACAGCAAAGCCAUCUCAACUCCAUUUUCAUACUUUAAAAUGA